AUGGCGCCAAAUCUGGUUGCUGCAAUCGAUCUGGCCACUUACACAGAAUCAACCCAAGGCCUUGAUGUUCAGGCAUUGUCCUUUAUCGGCAAUGUAUUCGUACGAGUCACCGAUGAGACCAUCGACCAGGCUCUCUCCCACCUGAAGCAAUCUGUAGGUCGGUUCGCCAACUACAUGGGCGUUGCCUCUAUUACUUCAAUCGACGACAUCCUUUCCCUCCUCGAUGCCGGCGCCGCCAAGGUCUUCGUUACUCGCCAACAAUUGGAUGAGCUCAAGAAAUUGAAGAUAGACCAGGACAGGAUAGUGUUGUGCUUGCCGGGAAACACAAAGGAAGAGAUCAUUGAAGCCAUCUCAGGUACACAGGUGGACAUUUACUCCCACCAAGUCGAGGACGUUGGCCUUGUGGAAGCAUGGUUGAAAGACUACGGAACAGACAGACCAGGUGUCUUCGUCUCGUUCGCGAACCCGGACAUCGAGAACGUCCUACGCCUUGCAAAACUUGACGCGAUACCCAUCAUCUCCUCAGAAAACCUUACCGUCGAUCCCUCGAAGCAGACUGGUGCGUUGAGCGUCGCGAAGCUCUUCAUGGCCAAUGCAACUAGCGACCGAUCCGACGGCCUUUUCACAACUCUCGUGACCGAUGAGCGGGGCAUCGCUCUCGGACUUGUGUACAGCAGCGAAGAGAGUGUCGCAGAAAGCCUGAGGACUGGACGAGGUGUAUACCAGAGCCGAAAGCGAGGAUUAUGGUACAAGGGCGAAAGCAGUGGAGAUAUCCAAGAGUUGGUCUCGUUAGCGCUGGACUGCGAUAGCGACUGCUUACAGUUUGUGGUGCGACAGAAAGGCAGAGGGUUCUGCCAUCUCGCAACUCCCACCUGUUUUGGCGAAUACACCGGCUUGUCAAAACUCCAGAAGACACUCCAAAGCCGAAAAGCCUCAGCACCUGAAGGCUCAUAUACCGCACGGCUCUUCAACGACUCACAACUAUUGAGGGCGAAGAUACUAGAGGAAGCUACAGAGCUUUGCGAUGCGAACACCAAAGACGAAGUUGCGUUCGAAGCUGCCGACCUUUUCUACUUUGCUCUCACUAAGUGCAUAGCAUCUGGUGUGACAUUGGAGGAUGUCGAGCGCAAUCUCGAUGCUAAGAGUAUCAAGGUUAAGAGGCGACAGGGUGAUGCUAAGCCGGCCUUUGCCGCACAAGCAGCAGCAGCGACGAAGAGUACAACGAACGGUGCAACGAACGGACCUACAAAAGAAGAGGUAAAGGAAGCUGCUUCAGUACCUAAGAGUAAGGAUGAUCCUGCCGGUACAAAGGACGGUCGCAUUGCCAUGAAGCGAUACGUGACCGCAAACGAGACAUCUGAGACCGUCAACGCCGCGUUACAACGACCAUCUCAACGCUCCACCCAAAAGAUUCUAGACAUAUGUCUACCAAUCAUCGAGGCAGUCAGGACCCGCGGAGAUGCUGCAUUGCUAGAGUACACGCACAAGUUCGAAAAGGCUACAUCACUAACAUCGCCUGUACUGAGAGCACCAUUCCCUCCAGAGCUUAUGCAACUGGCGCCCGAGACUGCCAAAGCCAUCGACAUAUCUUUUGAGAACAUUAGGAAAUUCCAUGCUGCGCAGAAAGAGGACAAGCCGCUAAGAGUAGAGACUAUGCCGGGCAUUGUAUGUUCACGAUUCGCUCGACCAAUCGAGAGGGUCGGCCUAUAUGUACCGGGCGGAACAGCAGUGCUUCCCUCCACCGCGCUCAUGCUUGGUGUGCCUGCCAUGGUCGCUGGCUGCAAGAAGAUUGUCCUCGCAACCCCACCACGAUCCAAUGGUCAAGUAACACCGGAGGUUGUCUACUGCGCCCACAAGGUCGGCGCAGAGUCCAUUGUCCUCGCUGGUGGCGCACAAGCUGUCGCAGCCAUGGCCUACGGUACUGAAAGCGUUACCAAGGUCGACAAGAUCCUUGGUCCAGGAAACCAGUUCGUCACGGCAGCGAAGAUGCAUGUUUCCAACGACACAAACGCUGGUGUAAGCAUCGACAUGCCUGCAGGACCGAGUGAGGUACUCGUCAUUGCGGACGCGAAUGCCAACCCUGCUUUUGUGGCAUCCGACCUUCUCAGUCAGGCUGAGCACGGUGUCGAUUCCCAAGUCAUCUUGAUUGCAGUCGGAAUGAACGAGUCGCAGCUUGGUGCAGUCGAAGACGAGCUUCACAAGCAGGCGAUUGCUCUUCCACGAGUAGAUAUUGUCCGUGGGGCAAUCGAACACUCUUUCACUCUUGCAGUGGAUACCAUGGAGGAAGCUAUGCAGCUAAGCAACCAGUACGCGCCUGAGCACCUUAUCCUGCAAGUCGAUGAGGCAGAGAAGGUAGCGGAAAUGGUGGAGAAUGCUGGAAGUGUCUUCAUCGGUCAAUGGACUCCGGAAAGUGUUGGUGACUACUCUGCUGGUGUUAACCACUCUCUACCAACAUAUGGCUACGCUAAGCAGUACUCGGGCGUCAACUUGGCGUCGUAUGUCAAGCACAUUACUAGCUCUCACCUUACUAGGCAAGGACUUGAGAACGUUGGACCUGCUGUCAUGGAACUUGCGCGCGUGGAAGAGCUGGAGGCUCAUCGAAGGGCUGUCAGUCUACGAUUGGGCGUGGCGUAA